AGACGACAGCAGAAUCAUGGUUGCUCUCAGUUUAUUGCUAACCUUGAUUUUACUGAACUCAAGCCUGCUGAUAUCAGCAAGUGGUGGACAUGAUGGUCACGAACAUGGUCACGGUGGACAUGAUCAUGGUCGACAUGAUCAUGGUCACCGUCAUGACUAUGACUACUGUAGGAGGUCCUCUAACACUGUAACUGCAUGUGAGGGCUCUAUCCUGCGUUUGUCCUGUCCUGUAUAUUCUAAAAUCAGGGUCCUUGCUGCAAACUAUGGCCGUACAGAUAGAAAAACCUGCAUUAAGAACCGUCCACCAGGUGAAAUCCGAAAUACCAACUGCCGUUCAUCCAGCUCCCUGUCCAUAGUGUCAUCAUGGUGUGAUGGACGUCAGAGCUGCAAUGUACCAGCCACCAACAGUGUAUUCUCUGAUCCCUGUUAUGGCACAUACAAGUACCUGGCAGUCAAAUACUGCUGCACGCGUCGUAGGAGCUGAUUUUGUCUGAUUUCUCUGCCAGCGUCUCCCCUACAUUGACGUUUAACUUUUUAAAAUAAAUGCUUAAUGCAAAGAGUU